CAUUGGAUAUAGAAGUUACCAAAUUCCAUUGCAUUUCCCGGUCCAAAUGGUUCUCUGCAAACUCGAAGUUGCUGUCAUUGAUUAAGGCAGAACAAGUUAUAAUAGUCAACCACUAAUGCAAUGCAUCACCAACCAGUUUUAAAGAACCGCCGGACCCUUUUGGAACGGGCGGAGAAAUUUAUAUCCGAUAUUUAUUUCACAGACUGCAAUCUCAGGGGAAGACUAUAUGGAAACACUUGUCCACUGGAAUCACUUUCGUCCUUCCUGUCACUCAAACGAAUUCCAUUCUUGGAAGCUGUCAAGAAGGACUUUAUGCCAUAUAAAGUUGGCGAUACCUUUGGACCUACAUGGUGGACUUGCUGGUUUGAAUUGUCCCUGAGAAUCCCUGAUGCCUGGAAAGGGAAAGAGGUCCACCUCCUUUGGGAGAGUGACGGAGAGGCAAUGGUGUGGAGAGAUGGGCAGCCAUUGCAGGGAUUGACAAAAGAGGGUGAGAAGACCAGCUACAUCCUGACUGAGUGUCUGAAGGAUGAGGAGCCUCAUAGUGUCACCCUGUAUGUAGAGAUGGCCUGUAAUGGACUCUUUGGAGCUGGGAAUGGAUCUAUGAUUGCAGCCCCAGACCCUGACAGGAAGUAUUCUGUUCAGAAAGCAGAGCUCGUGGUGUUCAACAGCAACGUGAGGGAGCUGCUGACUGACUUUGAGAUGCUGGUUGACAUUGUGAAGCUACUUGGAGAAGGAGAUCAAAGGGGCUACCAGGCAUUGUUCAUAGCCAAUGAGAUGGUGAACCUCUGUGAGCCAACCAAUCCUAGCACUUUUCCCAAAACCCACAAUCUGGCCCAAAAGUUCUUCACUCAGCGGAAUGGACAAAGCCAGCACACCGUUCAUGCCAUGGGUCACUGCCAUAUAGAUUCAGCCUGGUUAUGGCCCUACGAGGAGACCAUCCGUAAGUGCGCGCGCAGCUGGGUGACGGUGAUCCGCCUCAUGGAGAAAAACCCAGAGUUUGUGUUCACCUGUUCUCAGGCUCAGCAGUUUCAGUGGGUGAAGAGUUGGUAUCCAGGCCUGUACUCCCAGAUUCAGCACUAUGUCCAAAGAGGACAGUUCAUCCCAGUAGGAGGUACAUGGGUGGAAAUGGAUGGGAAUCUACCAUCAGGUGAGUCAAUGGUCAGACAGUUCCUGGAGGGACAACGCUUCUUUCAGCAAGAGUUUGGAAAUUACUGCAAAGAAUUCUGGUUACCAGACACAUUUGGCUACUCAGCACAACUCCCUCAGAUAAUGCAGGGCAGUGGCAUCACAUGCUUCCUUACACAGAAGCUCAGCUGGAACCUUGUGAACGAUUUCCCUCACAACACAUUUUUCUGGGAGGGCUUAGAUGGUUCCCAAGUCCUUACCCACUUCCCACCAGGAAAUUCCUACGAGAUGAAAGGCAAGGUUGAGGAUCUGGUGAACACUGUGAAGAACAACAAAGACAAAGGCCGAGCCAAUCACAGCGCAGCCCUCUUUGGGUUCGGGGAUGGGGGUGGUGGGCCCACCCAGCUGAUGUUGGACAGACUGCAGCGGGUUCAGGACACAGACGGACUUCCAAAGGUCCAGAUGUCCAGUCCCGACAGGCUGUUCUCCCAGCUUCAAGCUGACUCCGCACUUCUGUGCACCUGGACUGGAGAGCUCUUCCUGGAGCUCCACAACGGUACCUACACCACACAGGCACAGAUCAAGCUAGGAAACCGCCAGUGCGAGACACUGCUCCAUGAUAUAGAGGUAGCCAGCAGCUUGUCCCUCUGCAUGGAUAAGACCUUCCAGUACCCUUCCAAACAGCUCCAGGAGCUCUGGAGGCUGCUGCUUCUCAACCAGUUCCACGAUGUGAUUCCAGGCAGCUGUAUCGAGAUGGUGGUAGAGGAUGCAAUGAGAUACUAUCAAGAUAUCCGAAACAAGGGGGCCACCUUGCUGCGUGAGGCCUGCAGUGUGCUGGUGUCCAAAGAAAAGAUGAGAGAUUGCACUGCUGUGUUUAACUCCCUUCCCUGGGAGCGCAAUGAGGUCAUCCAGUUGCUAGAGGGUGCUACUCACCCAGGCUUAGCCCUGGUGAGAGUUCCCAGUGUGGGUGUGGCCACUGCCAAAGAGUCUUUGCAACCUGAAACUCUUGUCACCGUCACUAAACAGGACGAUGGUACAAUCGUAAUGGAGAAUGGGAUUUUGCGCGCGGUUGUAAAUAAGGAUGGCACUCUGGCUUCAUUGUACAUGCUGAAGGCAAACAGAGAGGCCAUAUCAGACGGCUGCCUUGGAAACCAGUUUGUGUUGUUUGACGACGUCCCCCUGUACUGGGAUGCCUGGGAUGUUAUGGACUACCAUCUUCAGACGAGGAAACCAGUGAUGGAGGUGGUUGGGCCGAUCCAAGUGGGAUCUUCAGGUGGAUUGCGUGGCAGCGUCAGUUUCACCCUCAGGAUCAGUGACAAGAGUACUGUCACCCAGGAAAUCAUCGUAGAUGCCAUGUGUCCCUACAUUAAGUUCAACACACAGGUGGAGUGGAGAGAGUCUCACAAGUUCCUUAAAGUGGAGUUCCCAGUACGAGUUCGGAGCCCUAAUGCCAGCUAUGAGAUCCAGUUUGGCCAUCUGCAGAGACCGACACACAGAAACACCUCCUGGGACUGGGCCCGUUUUGAGGUUUGGGGCCACAAAUGGGCAGACCUAUCAGAGCAUGGCUUUGGUGUGGCUCUGCUGAAUGACUGCAAAUACGGCUACUCUGUUCACCUAAACGUCUUGACACUAUCCCUGCUCCGGGCCCCCAAGGCUCCAGAUGCCAAUGCUGACAUGGGGACUCAUCAGUUUACCUACGCAAUUAUGCCACACACUGGCUCUUUCCAGGACGCAUCUGUCAUUCAGCAUGCUUACAACCUCAACUUCCCUCUGCGACUGAGCCUCGGCUCCUCUGACCUGGCCCCUGUCAGUGCCUUCUCUGUCGACUCCACAGCAGUCAUCCUGGAGACCAUAAAACAGGCUGAGGACAGGAAGGAUGCACUUCUGAUACGCAUGUACGAGUCACAUGGGAGCAGUGUGACCAUCUGUCUGUCCACCUCACUUCCUGUCAAAGAGGCCUGGUACUGUGAUCUUCUGGAGCGACCUGAUCCUGACCAUCCUGCACCUAUCAUAGCGUCUGGAAUUACUUUGACCUUUCUUCCUUUCCAGAUUGUGUCCCUUCUCCUGUAUCUGUAGAUUCAUGUAAAUCUUUUCUUGUGGGCCAGUGGAUUUUAGUACCAUCUUGGCACUAUUGUUCAGUCCA